AAUGAGCCAGUCAGUUUAUUGAGAGUCGCGAACGUGUAAAGACAUAGACCGGCCGUGUCUUCGUCGUAUGGUAGUACGUAUACAAGCGGAACGGAACGUCUUCGAGUGCUUCCGGUCGAUUUGAAUGGUCGUGAUUGUUUUUAGUAAUAACAGUAAAAAAAAUUGCGAAUAUUUCUGUUUUUAUUGUUGUUGUGCUUAAUGCUGUUUCGUUGUAUCGGUGUAAAAUGGCAAUUUGAAAAAAAUAAACGAUCGUUGGUAGCUGGCAGCACAGUUGUGUUAUGUUGUGAAAUUUCAAUUGUUGACGCCGUCGGUGUGUGUUAUCUUAAAACAAGGCACUGAUCCUCAAGCGAUCGAUUAUAAUAAAUAUUCUUGGUGUUUCUUUUGCUUUACAAAACGAGUGAUUUUAUUGCGAGUAUAACGACAGCUUUGAAAUUUCGCUCCACGCUGAUAAAAUGUGUAAAGUGUAAACUAUUAGAUAAGUCAUUCAAAAGCCAUUUAUUACUAAGACCCAAGGCGCUCUCAACGAACACGAUCGCUGUUUAAUGUCUUUGCUUGUGUUCUACUUACUCAUCGCGGCCGGCAGACAUAUCGCAAGCGUGCAAGGAGAAAAUGAGACGCGUCUAGCAGCUGAGCGUCGACUGUACAGCGCGCCAAUAUGUUGUCCGCUAGCUUGGUCACUAGUCAAGAUCAAUAUGGGCUUCUUUCGACCCGAAAUUUACGAAUGCCGCAAUCUGCUGCAAGGCGUUGCUGACAACGGCACUAAUAGAGGUGAAAGUAGUGUUGACGUUUUUGAACGCACCACGCCGGUGUACGGUUACCGCAUACAGUCACCCGCCUUGGAUGAGGGUGGCAAUUAUAGCGGUGCGGUGCCGCAAUGUAAUCGACAGACAUUCGCCUUCCUCACGGGCGAUUGCGAGGUGGAGUUGCCGUCAAGCGCGUGUCUCACAAGUGUCGAUAGCCGUUUGGCGGCGGUCUAUUGUCCACCAACGCGCGGCGAACCGCUGCAAACGCUCAGCGUGGUGCACAAGUGUUGUCCGCUGCAUUAUGCUUACGAUGCUGGCUUACAGAAAUGUGUUAAGCGCGUGGGCGCAGCGAAUUUCGGACGCUACGGCAUAUUGUUGCAACAAUGGGCGAUCUUCGUGGAUGAUAGGUUGACGUGUCCGCAAGACAUGGUGCUGGUGGAGUAUCAGUUGAGUGGCAAGGAAGUGAAAUUCAUCGAUGGCAAAGUGGCCAUUACCAUACGCGGCGAGUGGAAAAAAUUCAAACAGUCCGAAUACUGCAUGGAGGUGAUUGAGAAUGCAGCCGAUUGGAGUGAUUUCGCCGAGCAACGGUAUAUAGUGCGUACGUGUCAGCCGCGACGCGUGUGUCAGGGCUUGGCCUGCAUACGUCGCUGUUGUGCCGAUGGUGAAUUCUUUACGAAAGGCAAUAGAACUUCCUAUUGCAAACGCGACGAGUCGGAUGUUAGUUUUCAUAGUUUCGAGAGUCUGCAGAUUACUGGCAACUUCACAAAACCCGCAGUGUUUGGUAUUCUACGCGGUUUGGAUUGUCAGCGUUUCCUUCUAAAUCCCGACCUGUAUAGCUCCGAUGCGCACAUUAUUAACUCGAAUGAUGGUUCACUUUACGUUGCCUCCAGCACGAAGAACUACACGAACAACCAAUAUUGUGUGGAGAAGAUACGGAAUUCGACAUUUGGCGAACAGAAGCUCUACACAUUCCUGUGUUUCGACUCGAAAGUGGUUGGCAAUGAGAAGAUACGCUUCAAAAUGUAUCCCAUCGGAUUGUUGAUCUCCUGCUCGUUCUAUGCCCUAACACUGAGCGUGUACAUGUCCAUUUCGCGAUUACGCAAUUUGCCGGGGAAAAUUUUAAUCUGUUUAGUGAGUAAUUUAUUUGCGGCUUAUUUGGGCAUUGCAUUGGGUCAACUUAUACCGACCAACAACGACAAUAUGUGCUUCAUCUCAGGAUAUUUCAUAUAUUUUUGCCUCAUGGCUGCAUUUGCUUGGAUGAAUGUGAUGUGCUUCGAUAUAUGGCAGACGUUUGGUUCCGCAAAAAAGAAACGCGGUUUCCAGACAAAGGAUACCGGACGCUUUCUGCUCUACUCACUUUACGGCUGGGGGCUACCUACACUCAUGACGACCAUUACAGUGUCACUGGCCAAAUCGGAUUUUCUGAGCGAGAAUUUACGUCCGAACUUUAAGCAAGGACGCUGCUGGUUCACCUAUGGCACUUUUGCUUCGGCUAAUCUACUCUUCUUCUCCGGACCAAUUGGUGUGCUUUCACUCAUCAACUUUGUGCUCUUCCUACUGACGCUACGUUAUUGUAAUCGCGUGAAACGUGAAAUUUUCCGCAUGCAAAGUUCAAAUGUCGAAAAGCCGAUUAUGCGACGACGUUUCUUCGUGGAUAAGGCGCGUUUCGCAAUGAAUACGAAACUCUUCAUUGUUAUGGGCAUCACGUGGUUCAUGGAAAUAUUGAGCAUUGUGCUAUAUGAUCGCAAGAAAAUGUUCUUUUGGGUCGUUAGCGACUCGUUCAAUGUGCUCUUGGGUGUUUUUGUCUUCUUCAUAUUCGUCUUCAAGAAGCGCAUCUGGCAUGCAAUACUCUUCAAAUUAGGCUUCCGUUCCAAUGACAGCCUGAAAACGCUACCUCCAGCCACCUGCGCCACACAGUCCACCUAUGCGACGCAGAGUCUCUCGAUGACGCGCCUAAAUGGCAUCGAAGGCAAUCUGUCAUUGCUUUGUAAUGCGGCAAAGAAUUAGCAUAAGUCAUUUGUUGUACGACCGCCUUCCACUCAUUAAUGUAUUUGUAUUGUGUAUUUGUAAUAUAUGUAAUAUUUGUAUAUAAGUUUUUUACGCUUUCGAGGUGUGCUAAAUAGCUUUUUGGCACGAACAACAGAUUCGCAAUUUUCGCGCGCACAAACAUACAUAUGCCUAUGUAUGCGUGUGUGUGUGUAUGUAUGUUAUUUCAUUAGCGUUACUCUUGUUUGUAAGCUAUUUAUUUAUUUACCAUUAAAAGCCACAUUUAAAUUUAUAUUGAA